CACUGCACGGUCUCUCACGCUGUCGCUCGGGUCACUGGAUUACAGCACGUUAACUUCUCAUUCUCUCUACAACUCAGACGAUCUCGGAUUUACAUUUUUGCUAAAAACUUUAAUUUUGAAUGACAUUUUUGUGAUUGUACUAACUUGUUGAUUCCUCUACACAGUUUUUAUGGCUGAUGAACGCUUUUUUAAGUAGAUCUGAUUGCUAAUGGAGACUUAACUUCUCUAGAAUCUUCAGACCUCUAUCAUGUUAGUUUGGGUUUGGUGUGUUUUGCUUGCUUUUCUGGAUCAGCAAACAUUCAUGAUUCAUGGGCACCUGCUUUCGGUAAAAGAUGUUAAAGUGUUUCCAGAAAAUAACAAAACUAUUGAAGGUGGAACUUGGGUGUUAAACGUUGAAUGGACUGAAGUUGAAAAUGCUGUACCAGAGAAACUUAUGUAUGAUAUAGAGGUCCUUCUCACUGAGCAAAAUAAGAGGCUUCACAAUGAGACAAUAGAGGUGAAGCGAGACCUAUCAACCCCUCAUCGAUGGAAGUGGAGGUCACUUUUUCCACUAGAGUGCACUUCCCUUUCGGUCAGACUGAGGUACAGAGAUCAAAAUCAGACCGGCCCCUGGUCACCAUUGUACCCUUAUGAAGGAACAGCUCAUACACCGAAAACAUAUGUCUAUCCUCAUGACCAACCAUUCCUGGUUGGGAGCAACAUCACUUUCUGUUGCAUCAGGGAAGAAGAGACGGUUAAAGAUUUAGAUUCUCUGUUUACAACCCGCAUCAGCAACAGGACAUACAUCACAAAACCACAUCAACUUCAGAGCCGGUCAGGACAACAGGACAUAAUGUGGGAUAAUUACGGCGCCACCGUAUUUGUUGGGUAUCCCCCAGAUGACCAUGAUCUCAAAUGUGUCACACGGGAUCUCAUCUCUGUGGAGUGCAACUGGACACUUGGUCGAACUCUUUUGACUGAAAUAAGAACACUUACAAAUUACACACUUAAUGGAAGAGACUGUACGGUUAAGGAUAAGGAUGGUCAGUCUGGUCACUGUGUGGUGAAUGGAAUCAAUGUGACAAAUUGGACCCUGAUUGCCAAAAAUCCCCUUGGUGUGAAGAUCCUCAAUUAUACAGCUGACCCCUUACAUCGAGUAUGGUUGAAAGCCCCCGUGAACAUCCUUACUCGCGCUGUUUAUGAAAGAAAUGCCACUAUUAAUUGGGACUGGAACGUUAAAGCAUAUGAUUCCUUUUUAAUGAAAUGUCAGGUGGAACUCAAUGGACACACUUACAAUAAAAGCUUCAGUGGGUCAAGACUUACCUCAAUUGUGCUUGUAGAUCUACAGCCUUUUACUAAUUACACAGCCAGAGUGUGUUGUGGGUCUUUUGAGCGCUUUUACAAUUGUGGUGACUGGAGUGAUAUUACGCGCUUCAGAACUAAAGAAGACAUUCCAGAAACGUUAGAUGUUUGGAUCCAAUAUCUGGAACAAAAUGCAUAUGUUCUAUCUAAGCCUCUAACAAAAGAACAAAGUCAUGGGGUGCUUACUGGUUAUAAACUGACUACGAUCGACUCUGAAAAUAAGAUGAGUAGCAUCGACAUCCAGAAUGAAACACUGUGCUACCCUAUCAGCUUUGGAAAUAAAAUGGGCGAUCGAAAGAUCUCCGUCUAUGCUAAAAACUCAGCUGGCCUAUCUCCCCCUGCCAGCAUCACCAUCACAAGCUAUCCUGGAGUCAAUGUAAACCAGAUCAGAGGCACUGAUGGUGGCUUUAACAUAUCUUGGGUGGAUAGAUCCAGUUCCAGUUGUGGUUAUGUUGUUGACUGGUUUCCAACGUACAGUAAGGAAAAAUGUGCUUUAAAAUGGAUAAAGAUCCCAUCUGGUCACUUAAGCACCAGGAUCCAGUCAGAGUUCCUUCGGCCAGGUGUCAGAUAUACUGUUUCAGUCUACAGCUGUACUGCCGGUGCUCCACAGCUUCUCCAGAAGAGCGAAGGUUAUGCUAUAGAGCAACGGCCAUCUGAGAAAGUUCAAAAUCUCACAGGAAGUCUAAAUGGCAGAAAUCUUCUGCUUUCCUGGAACGAAGUGCCCUUAGACAAGCAAGGAGGCUUCAUACAAGGUUAUAGGGUCACAAUAAUCCCGUCUGGUGCUGCAUCUAUCAGCACAAUAACAAAUGAGACUACAGUUCAAUUAACAUUAGAUCCUGGAACCUACGAUAUCGAGGUUGCUGCAUUUACAACCGCAGGGGAAAGUGUAAAGGACAUAUACAGCAUGGCCCUAACUACGGAUGACGAAAUGAUUGUGGCCACUGUUUUGGGUUCCAGUGUGGCAGCCCUUGUGUUCAUCAUUAUUGCAUUUCUUUGCUACAGAAAGAAGAAGUGGAUAAAGAAAAUGUUGUAUCCAGAUAUACCUGAACCAAAACUUUUAGGGCAAUGGGCUACAAAGAGGAUGUAUUGCUCCCAGAUGACUGAACCGUAUAUAAAGUGUGAGAUCCAGAAGAUUCACGGUAUAGACCCUACUUCGACACAACUAGAACCUGCGGAGGACAGUGCUCUCCUCAGCUCUAAUUCCUCAUUGGGUCCUGUUAAUCUUUCCUACCAGAAUGUUUCUGAAUUGUCACUUGUCUCAUCCUGUCCUCCUGUUACUUCUUUUAUUAGCUUGGAUCCUUUAUCAUCAUCAUCUGAAGCUAAAAUGCUUACCUCAUUUAUUGAAAAUCCCACGUAUGUUAUGUCCUGGCCAGCUGAUGUUUCCCAAAUAUCUGGACCCACAUUGGAGAUGGAUGAUAAUUACCUCCCAGCCCCAAUGGUUGUUCAAACUUUUCUUGAGACAGAUGGGAAUUACAAGCCCCACUCACAACUAUAAAAGUAGGCCUCAGUGUGCAUGUAUAUAAUGAAAACUUUAUAUAUCUGAAAGAGAAAAUGUUAUUUAUAAUGUGUGUAUAUAUAUAUAUAUACUUGACUGUUUACUGCUGUUUCUAAACAUUAUUUGUAUUUGAUUAAAUAAAGCUUUGAGCUUCCUUAGUA